AUAAGUAAAGAGGGAAUGUUUGAUUGACAUGUGAGGGGAGCUGACGUCAUUGGUGGCUGGUAUAAAAAGUAAAAGUCAGAAUCGGUGACAUUGUGGAGUCGGUCUGGAGACACAGUCACUCACACACACUCGCCUGAGAGAAUCCUGAGACGAUGGCUGAUUUCGACGCAAUUCUGAAGAUUUGGGGCAAAGUGGAGGCCGAUUAUACCGGAUAUGGAGGACAGGUUCUGGGCCGUCUGUUCGUGGAGCAUCCUGAUACCCUGAAGUACUUCCCCAAGUUUGCGGGUAUCUCUCCAAGUGAGGCCAUCUCAAACUCUGAUGUCGCGGCCCAUGGCGUGACUGUCCUGAAGAAACUGGCAGACCUGGUGAAGGCCAAGGGCAACCAUGCAACAAUCCUCAAACCACUUGCCACAACUCACGCCAAACAGCACAAGAUCCCCAUCAACAACUUCAGGCUGAUCAGUGAGAUCUUGGUGAAGGUUCUGGCCGAGAAGGCAGGGCUUGAUGCCGCCGGUCAGGACUCUCUGAGAAGAGUGCUGAACAUCGUCAUCAAUGACAUCGAUGGCUACUACAAGGAGUUGGGCUUCGCCGGUUAAGUGGCUCCUGACCUCUCGGGCCCCACUACCCAAGACUUCCCCGGGGCCAACGAGCGAGCGUUUAUAUAGACAAUGGGAGCACUCUAUAAUCUAAGCACUUAUCAUUGUUACUGUCUUUUUCAGCAGGGGAUCCCUAUUAAGGUGGACCCGGCUGCGUUAUAGCAUGCAGUUUAACUGUGGAACGCUGUGCAAAAAUCAACUUCCACCUUAAAGAUCACAGCAGCAGCGACGAAGCCAAAAGAUGAAGCGUAAUGAAGGGCCACUGAAGUAACUGAAAUGAUUCGUUUAGGCCUGAAUGUUAUGUUUCUGCGUAAUUUUAUAAAAUGACAUGUGUCAAUGUGUGGAGUUUGAUGUUGAUGGUUUCGGAACACUGGAAGUUGUGUCCUGUUGAUGAUGUCAAAGCUUUGGUCCUGUUAGGGUCUCAGGAUGGCCAAAAUAAUGGAAACACACACAUACACCAAAAAAAUAAAAAAUAAAAAAUCCCACAAAAUUGUUCACUGACACCAGCUGUUAAGGUCUGUGGGGUUUUACUGCGACAGUGUAAGGAAUGUACUGAGGAGUGAAGCUCAUCACUGCCAUGAUCAAUAUUCAACUCAUUCAUUCUGAAAAAGUUGCUGAAAUUAAAACGUAGAGGAUGUGAAAUGGGGAAAACAAUUGGAAACGACGAGCCGUAAGAUCAGAGUCCGAAAGCUCAGUCCUGCUGUUCUGCGUGUGUCUCUGUCCAUUUGAUUCACCUCACUGUCUUUAACCUGCUUUAGAGCGCUAAUCGCUUCUGUUGAUUGUUUCUGCAUAUUAAUCACCGAUCAUUAAUAAAACUUUCUCUCUCGAC